AUGGCCCGGGCUCGCGCCCUGCUGCUGGCCGCGCUCCUGCUCGCCGCCGCCCUGUCGGCCGCCCCGGGGCUCGGGACAGCGGCCAAGGAGAAGCGCGGCUGGACCCUCAACAGCGCCGGCUACCUCCUGGGCCCCCACGCCAUCGACAACCACCGCUCGUUCAGUGACAAGCACAGCCUGGCUGGCAAGCGGGAGCUGCACGCGGACGCCGCCGAGGUGAAGCCAGGGAGCUAUGGCCGCGCUCUGCCCGAGAACAACAUCGUGCGCACCCUCCUUGAGUUUCUGACUUUCUUGCAUCUGAAAGAGGCCGGGGCCCUGGGCAGCCUGCCGGGCCUCCCGCCGGCCGCAUCCUCGGAGGACGCAGCGUAG